UCAAGCCUGAAAAUACCCAACUCUCAGUAGGCAGUUUAAACACCAGUGCAGUUUUACUUGGUAGCACAGUUACCUUUAACUGCUCCACAUCUUCAUACCCAUCUCCACAUGUUUACUGGUUUUACCACAAUGAAGUGUUCAUUGGCAGUAAUGUCAGUGGGUUUUACAACCUAAAGAUGAGUAGAAGUGGUGUUUAUUCCUGUUUACCUGUAAACAGGGCUGGUGUUGGAGAAACUGCAACUGUCAACUUGACUGUUGUUGGUAAGUUGUUGUAUUGUACUUCUAAUCUUUCUUCGGGGGGGGGGUUACAGUUUACAGGGGGGUGGUGUGAGUCCCACAUCUUUGUAACUUGUACUUGUCUUGUUUAAUUUGAAAAUACCAUUAGAUGGCAUUAAGAAAGAGCCAGAGAUAUUGAAUUGAGUAGAAUUGAUUAUAAUAUUAUUAUCAUGUUUUAGCAGUCAAGACAUGCUUUUGGCUUUGAAGUUAAACCUCAGAAGUACAUGUUAAAAAUAAUUAAUAAUAAAAGAAGCUAUUUGGACCAUAAUCUUAAAAACAAUGGUGAAAAUUGAGUUGCAGUGUAAGAGAACGUUGAUUUUUGUAUUGCAUCUCAUUUCGUAGAGGUCUUUUGUUGCCUGUGCUUCUCAGUCUUACAUUUAUGUGAUGAAAUGCAUCUUGUUUUUUUUUUUUUUUUGUGCAUCUUCAGAACCUUGGAUAUUUUCCUGAAAUACAUAUUUGAAUUCAUACUAGGGUUUAACUAGCUUUAAACAGUGUUUUUUGCAAUAAUUUAUACAGAAAAUAAUCAAUGCUUAAAAAAUAUUUUUGAUGAUGCAGUGUUUAUUUGCCUGCACAGCAUUUUGGGAUAGCUGGUUCAUUGCCAGGCAAACAUUGUCUGUUCAAUACCCACUUACAUGGUGUUUCUUUUUUCAUACCCUUAUUUUUCUCCUGGCUUGUUUUACCUUUAUCUUUAUACUCUUGGCCCUUUCCCCUAGCUUUGCGCCAAGUAGCAGGAUUGUCACUAAGAUUUCCAGUUUUGGGGUUUAUGUGUAUGCCAGUAAUACAACAAGAAGGUUGGGGAAUCAAGCAUCUCUAGGGAUUUCUUUUGGCCUUUUUUUCGUGUAUUUGUUAAUGAAAUAGCUAGGGGUCACCUUCAAAGUAGCUGAUGGAAUUCCCUGAGGCUCCUGGCUCUUGAUGACAACUCUUUUUGAGGUAGAAAAUUGUUGUACAUGUAUUUCAAGCAAAGGCUGUGGGAUUUAAUUAAUUGAAUUUACACUUAAAUUCAGGUUUAUAUUUCUAAACCUCUGACUUAAUCAUUCUAUUCAUACACUGUACAUAAGGGCUGUCACUAAGGCAACUCCUCAUGAGGAUGACUCCUGCUACUUCAUAACAAAACAUCAGAAAAAAAGAAGCAAAAGAACUCUCUGAUAAUUGUUCAAUUCCCACGUACUAAUAUAUAACAAUUAUUCACCAAAGUAGAGGUGGCUAGUGGUGGUUCGCGGUAAGUAAAUCAGUGAAUAAUUGUUUUAGUAUAUACUAAAACAGUGAGAUAAUUGAUAAUGAUUUUUAAUUAACUCAUUUACUGUUGCCAACGAUUACAAUUUUGGUGCGCGAUGACCGAACGGCCGCGGUCGUCGCUUUUUCUUGUCAACAAAUAAAACUUUUGAAGGCAUUUGUUUAGCUCCUGCAGGGAAGUUUCUUCAAAAGGAGUUGUGAAUUCUUUUUGUAUUUAAACUCAUUCUGUAAAAAAGAUUAUUAGAUUUAGUUUUAAGCUUAUUUAUGAACAAGUCAACUAAAUAAAGUAACGCAAGACUUAAGCUUAAUUUGCAUUUGUAAACAAAAACUUUUUUCACCGGUUUUAUUGAUUAAUUCAAGUCAAAAAGACAAAGCUUUACCUGUUAAAAUUUCCAAACCGAACUUCGUCACCUUUUUCAUGUAUUUCGGGAACAGCUUGCAUGACUAGUUGUGAAAUUUCUUUGUUUGUUACGGCAGCAAACCAGGAAGGCAUUUUGCUUGCAACUUACGUGAGUUUGGCGUCGCUCGGUCGGAGGAACUGGAGGUGAAUCAGUGAAUAGUGCAGGAUAUUCACUGAUUGAGUAACCAAUCAGAGCAGCAAAAAACACUAUCCACUGUUUUAGUAUAUACUAAAUUGGAAUAUACACAUCAACUUGAAAUCUUGGUAACAACCCUGACACAUAUACUACAGUGACUGUGUGGAGUGCAAUAAUAAUAUUAUAAUAACUAUGAAUGGAUUUUUUUAGGAAAACAAUACAAUCAUUUACAUGUAGGAAUAUUUUGAUUGUUAAAUAAGUUUUACAAUACUUAUUUUGAAAUUGACCUUUUUUCAGAUCUACCCAGAGUUUCAGUCUCUCCAGCAUCAUUAAUUAUUUUGGAGGGUAUAAAUAAUGCAACUCUGACAUGCAAUGCUACUGGGAUUCCCUCUCCUGUGAUAACUUGGAGUUUAAUCAGUACUGCUGGUGCAAGUAUCCUGUCUCAGUCAGCAGUCCUUAAUCUGUUCAACAUCAGCAGGCCUGGGACACCUACAGAAGAGCUUCAUUACCAAUGCACUGCUUCAAAUGGAAUUGGGAAUCCUGCCACUGAUAAUGUGACCAUUACUGUCCAUUGUAAGUACAGAGUGCCUGUAUUAGCUUGUCAAAAGUAAGUUGCCACCCUCUUGCAAGUGAGUAGUAGGUAGUAACUGAGAGGAUGCCUCAUCUCAUAAAAAGAAAUUCUUGUCUCAAGAGACAAGAUCCUUACACUUACACAGUUCGUGGAAAUGAAAGCGACACAAUUUACAGCAAUAGUUCCCUUAAGUUUGUAAGGUCUGAGAGCAAACAUCAAAUCACAUGGUUUUCAAUUGCACAGUCUUGAAAAGUCCUUGAAUUUUAGGGGCAUCCUUGAAUAGUCCUUGAAUUCCAUUUUCCUUGAAAAGUCCUUAAAUGUUAGUCAAGACAGUUGAACUGAAAAAUGUACAGAAACUGGUGGAGCAAACAGUUCAAGCCUAAAAGUCUUUUUAGCUUGGACUGGGAAGAUGCAUUUAACAACUGCGUCGCUCAGUGGAGGUGGGUGCCUGUAGUGUCCAGUGGCUUCCACUUUUUGCAAGGCCAGCCCCUAAAUAGAGUUACUCCCCCAUGGCUGGUAAACCCGAGCUUUCCAGCCUUGAGCUCCCACACCAAUGGAACCAGUCACGUGUCACACUGAUUUAUCAGUGGAAAAAUAAAGAGGGGGAGGGAUGGGGGUGGAACAAUGAUCCAAAGGCUAAACGAAGAGAGCGGCUGCUAGGAAAUGCUGUACCAUGCACAUGGAGAUCAUGCAAGCAAAGCUGACUGUGCUUAAGCAAUCGCACUGACCACUGACCGACACAACACACACCUACACUCCUCAUUGUUAACUGUGUUAAAUUACAUUUAACCUUCAUUUACAUUCUUACAUUCCUGGUAGGUUAUCCUUGAAAAUUGAGUGAGGUCCUUGAAAAGUCUUAAAAAAAUGGAUGUAAAUUUUUGUUUCAACCCUGAAUCUGUUGUGGAAAUGGCUGACUUUCUUAUGUGUUCAUGUGUAUGAAAAUUCAUGGUUAUAAAAUUAAUGUACAUGUGGUACACUGUACCAGUUGUGUUAUUUUAACAUUACACUGUACAUGUUUGUGAACUGUCCAUGGGCACAUACAUGUACAGUACAUUGAAAUCAUUGUGUUGAAAUCAUCAAUUUAGUUAGGGGAAAUAAUCCAUUAUGCUGCAUCAGGCUGUAUCCAAUUCCCUGCUGAAUUUAUAGACAGUGUUCAUGUAAAUCUUAAAAUUUUGCUGUAUAAUUUUUUGAUUUUUUUAGAUCCUUCUAACAUUGACCAAGCUCCAUCCAACAAGACCAUAGUUGAGGGAAGCAAUGUCACUCUUCAUUGUAAUGCAACUGGUAGCCCAGCCUCAAAUAUUACAUGGACAAAAGAUGGCAGUCCAACAGUAUUACAUGAGGGAGAAGAGUAUGUCAUUAGUAACAUAUCACGACAGCAACAUGGCAACUACAAAUGUACAGCAUGGAAUGGUGUGGGUGAACAGUCAAAAACAAGCUUCAGCAUAAAUGUCCUUUGUAAGCAAUUUUAAGGGAAUUUUUUUCUUCAUGUAACUGUAUUUUUUAUUGGAAGUUCACUUUGGUGGAAGGUCAUUAUAUUUUACAAAGGCCUUGGAAGAUGGGCAGAAAUUGUAUUAAUAAGCAAUCAAAUGCUGUUAUUAACUAUGCAAUUUAAUAUGUACAGGUUGCACACUUAUCUCAACAGCUUGUCUUUAACCCACUCACUCCAGGGAAUUUUGCCAAAAAACUUGUUUUGAAGCUAGUUGAGUUGUUUUCUGGUCACUGUUUGGCCAUAAAAAGCCAAGUCUUACCAAAAAACUGUUUUGAAGCUGUAUAUUUUGUGUGCACUUUAUAAUCGUCUGAACUGGGUGCAAAAUUUGAAGUUUGGGCAUGCGCAGAAUUAAGCAACUUUUCAGGGUUUGGAGUUUAAAAGAAACACAGCACGCUUGACUUUUCUUUUGACUUUCUCUUCUCCUCUCUUCUAUUGCUUUUCUCACCUCGUCGUGCAUUUUCAUCAUGGGAGUUUUUGGGUCAAUGUUAAUUGGUUUUUUUUGCCUUUUUCUCUGGGCCUUGUUGAAUGAAGUGUGCUCAGGGUUGUCACUAAGAUUUCAAGUUGCCGGGUAAAUACAACAAGUAGGCGGGGAAUCAAACGGCUAGGGAUUUCUUUUGGUUCUAUUUUUCUUCUAUUUUCCAAUAAAAGUAGCCGGGGGCCACUCUCUUAGUAGCCGGGGAAAAUCCCCGGCCCCCGGCUCUUAAUGACAACCCUGUGUGCUCAUUCUGGUUUGGUUUGAAAGAUUUCUUCACCCUGCACAGUUAGAUGACAAAGUUGUCUUUGACCAUAGAAACUGAUGACAUCACAAGCAUAAGAUGGGACAUGGAUCCGCAUGGGUGAUUUGGAGUGUUUCAGGGGCAAAUGGGUCAAAGCACCCAUAACCUAAAAAAUAUAUUUAUUUAAUUGAAAGUGCACAUUGCUACAAGAACUUCUGUGAAAAAAUUUGUCGAUUUGAACUCAACAUGAUUUUUUUUUAGAUUUUUUUUAACCUUUAAAUUUACCACCAUCAAUUUUGGAAACCUGGGGAACAAAAGAGCCGUGACGUAGAUCAAGAAGCCACAAAUUAAAGAAACACAUUCACUUAAGAUACCAUGGAACAAGUGUAGAGUUCUAGAUUUAUUUCUGCCAUUAUACAAAUUGAAACAAUUGUUAAAAGGUAAAACAUUCCAAUUAGGUACAUGGCAGUUACAUGCAACAACACUGCAGGUGACCCUAAGAAAGGGAUAAGCAUGCAUAAAAUUGUGGUUUUCAGUUCCUGAAUUUAUGUCUUAUUACAACAUGUAAUUAGGAGCCUGUCAAUACCGUUAUCACCACAACAGUUGUGCCAAAGGUAUUAGACUGAAAUUUCUCUUAAAUUUUUUUGAAAAUCUCCAAAAUGCAAAAUUUUUGCGAGGAAAUUUCUUUUUGUAAUGUGCUCUUUCAAUUAAUGUAACAGAUAGGCACUUAAAGAGAUCAAGUGGCAAUCCUGGAAAUGUUUAAAACACUUGAGAAUCCGUAAUAUGUAUUGCAGCUGUUCUUCCAAGUUAACUUGAGCUGCUUUUCAAAUUGCUUUGCUGUUUUCUUCCAAAGUUUGAAGCAUUUUUCAACAGUUUUCUAGCCUUUCAAAUAACAAAAUAACAUUAUAAAAUUGAUCUUCUCUUUUAAUUUUGCAGACGAGCCUGCCAUAUCUAUCCACAAGUGUCCAAGUCCAAUAACAGAGGGUAGCAAUACCACUUUAUACUGUAAUGCAACAGGCAAUCCAGUGCCAGUUGUUACCUGGAUAUACCAAGAAACAGGUGUCAUUGUUAGCAGCACAGAGGAGUUAGUUUUUACUUCCAUUGAUCGUAGUCAAGCUGGAAGCUAUAAGUGCCACGCAUUCAAUGGUAUUGGUUCUAAUUCUACAAGAAAGUGCAGUUUGGAUGUGUUUUGUAAGUACAAUUUAUUAUAUACCGUUAUAGUAACAUCAAGAAAUAAUCAUAAUGUUAAGGGAGUUGUUGACUCUGCUAAAUCCUUGGUUCUGAUGAUGCUCUUAUGGUAGGAGCAGUGAUUUUGUUACAAUUUGUCAAUAGUGAGCCCUGGGACUCAUCUCAUGAAAACUCAUGAGUCCUAGUACAGAAUCAGUGAGUCCUUACUAUAUUAAAAGAUGCCAGAACUCUCAUGAAACCAGAUAAUCACAUUUAAUCUGUAGUCUACUUUCAAUGGCUAGCUGAAUAGGAAAGCACUUAUCUCUGUAACAUAUUACAGUGUACUGAAAUUUAUUAAAUAAUUAUUACAGUCUUCCUCACAAAAAAUUUCUUUUUAAAGUUAACAAGCCCUAAAGCUUUACACAAUCAGUUAGAAGGCAGCUUUGCCGUAUUAUGAACCACUGUCCACCAUCCUGCUUCAACCACCUGCUUUCCAUACAGUAUAUGGCAAAAAUAAGGAGUAACCACUCCAUCAGUAAAAUAAACAUGAGCGCUUUUAAAAAAAUAGUACCUGAGAAUUAUUUUGUGUGGAAAUAUUUGUCUAGUACUCGUUUGUUUGGAGGUAGCUUUCAAAACAUAUUUUAAAUCGUGCAAACAAGGCAUUCUUCAAAAACAUUUUUUAGAUCGAUUGAUCGUUGCAUCCCAAAGGACGCAAGCUGUCAAUUAUUCUGCAUCUUUGAGAAUUUUUACGUGUUAGGGACACAGAACACAGUGGUAACAAAAUCACUGUAGGGGGAUACAUGUAGCUCUUUCCUUCCAAAACUUCUUGUAGGCAUUCUACAGCUUGAGAUGUUUAUAAACAUUCCCUUCAAAAACAUCAUAAUAAUGGUGUAAAGACAAGAAAUGGCUGUGAGUGAAGGGCAUGGAGGAUAGUUUUUUGAAAAUCUGGAAUGUCCUUGGUACCUUGGACCAAAUGGUAUUGCGUGUAAUUCAUUUUGAUGUACAUGACAUGCACAUGCAACAGAAAUGGUGUCCACUUGCCCCAAGUAAGUGGUUUUGAUCAGUGGACAAGUAGGUCAUCAACCUUACCUGUCCUUUGGAUAAGUAAAUUCUCAGAAAAUAAAUUUAAAUAAAAAGGUGCCUUUAACACAUUUCAGCGAAACAUAAAGUACACAGCCAGGUUUUUGUAAGUGUAAAACAGAUCGCUUUUUGGGAAAGCAACUUACAUGUUAGAAAUGAAAAGAGAACAGCAUUAAUGCAGGCGACUUAUGAUCUAUCCACCAUUUUAUUUCAUUGCACUCUGAAAGGGGCAUGGGACUUUUGGGGGUUUAGCUUUUGCAUUAAUUUUAUAAUAGACCCUCUUGGUAACUGCAGUUAGCUCGUACACAAUGGUCGCUCAGCAAAGCAUAAAAUGCAGGCUAUUUUGGUGCACCAGUGAGCAGCCAAAGGGGAAAGGAAAUUAAUCCUUCCCCAGAAAACAUUGGGGUGAUUGAGAAGAACCAUGGUGACAGCUGAAUGGUACGAGUUCGAAAGUUUCAGGAAUAUUGGAAAGAAACCUUCCCCUGGCGGGUAGUACAUGAUGCGAACAACAAAGCAGUACACUUUACAUAAGCAUACAAUAAAUUAUUACUUGUAUGAGUACUUUCUUGACACUUAAAAUGCUGUAUGUUUUAUCUGAGUUCCAACAAUAAACGGGAUCAUGCUUCUUAUCCACUACCAUGCAUCAUUAGAACUUGGAUUUAACUUGACAUACAAGGACAACUAGACCUGAGCUUUAAUGAAUACAACUAGAACCUCACUGGUCCAUUGGACAAGUGAAGUUCAAAUUUUUUCUCUAACCCUGACAUGUGGGGGCGUGUUAUUUUGAGAAGCUUGGGGAUCGUUCUACUGUACUCAGAGUAAUUAAUUUUAGCAUGCAACAACAUUUCAUGAUGUGGAGGAACAACAAAGUUCCAGGGUUAAAAUAAUUUUGUGGCCAGCACCGGUCAAGUUGUCUGGUCAGACCUAUUUUUUCUCGGACACAAACUGUUUUUGGCUGGAAAAAUGUUUAUUUGUUUCUGUCUCUGUCUCUCUUUUUCUAAUUUUCCAUUAGAAGCAUAAAUGACUAGACAAAGCCUACUUUUGACUGGACAUUGUCUUUUGACCGGCUGUUAUUUCAAGUCCUGAAGUUCCACCAAUCAUAUCCCAAACAUUUUUACAAUACCUCUUUAACUCCUCAGUCCUACGUGUUCCUAGAUGUACAUGUAUAUCAUGAAUGUUUUAAUCAGCUUUUAAUACUGCUGGUCUUCACCAGGUGAUGGUGCCAAUUAGCUGUGUAGAGCUAUUGCUGUAGUAAUCUGCUUUAUAGUCAGCUAUGAAAUGGAUGGGCAUCAUAAUACAUAUACACCUACAUGUACUUUACUGUUACAGUUUGUACAUACAAAAUACAGCUGUGAGUUGUAGGCAGUUAAAAAUUAAUAAUUACAGGAACUUCAUGAAAAUCUAAUACUGUAAGCUUACAUGUCAAUAAGUCUGGUGGGAAACGUUUUUCCAGUGUGUUGCCUUUACAUUCUGUAAUUCUAGAUGGAAUAACUAAUUCAAGAGUGUGUUUUCUGAUGUAUUGCAGACCUACCAUUAGGAACAAGCAUAGAGAUGACACCCUCAAACACUACAGUGCUGCGUGGUUCUACCGUGUCACUUAACUGCAGCACAGAUGCCAACCCAGCAGCCCAUGUGUAUCAGUUCUACUUCAAUGACUCUUUCAUCAGCAACAGUAGCUCAGGUCUGUUAAACAUCACUGUUGAUACAGAUGGAGUGUACACCUGUGUUCCUAUCAACAAAGUUGGCACAGGACACAAUGCUAAUAUCAGCAUCACCAUGGUUGGUAAGUCACUCACAUUUUUUAGCAUGAGUGUUCUUGGUUUUGUUUCAAUAAAAUGCUGUUCACAUAUUUAAGUACAGGUAGUUUGGACUUCAGUUCUUAAGGUUGGUUUGAGAGAUGUUGAUUACUUAGCUAGGGUACUUAGCCCCACUUUGUGCUAUUUUUCUACAAAGACAACCCCCAACUACUUUCCUGGGAAGCAAAAGGAGUGUAAAACCAAAGGAGUUUUGUAGUUGUUUCAUUCCCCGCUUACUUAACCUGCUAACUUGUAAUCUUAAUGACAGCUUUGCAAUAAGGUCUGUCCUCAGAUACUUUACAUUGCUAUGGCUGUAUUGAAACCCCUUCAACCUGAUUUUUUAUACUAAGUUGCACUAAAGCACUGUUGUGACAUCACUUACUUCAAUUCUAAAAGGGGCAGCCAGAAGCCAUUCUCCAAGUUCAUUGUUUUCUACUUGAUAUGUUGCCAGACAUAGAUAUUAGUUGCCAGAAAAAAAAGCAAGACACUCUGCAAAUUAUUUGGGAUAAUUAAAGUGGGUACCAACUAAUACACAUUAGUUCUAGCUAUAAUUUUUAUUGAAUAGGGAGUGGGAAAGGGGCCUACUUUGUUCUGUUUAGGAGACAUGCAGUAUGGAGCAAAUUUAUAAAAUGGAUGGAACUGUUGGUUUACUUUGAUUUAUUUUUUAAAGUACCAACUUGCACAUACACUGCAAACAAGGAGGAAAGUAUUAGACUAACUACUAACAAUGGAAGCCAUUUGCAGAUAAAAUUCGGACAAGUCACAUGGUCUUAAAACAGGGACAUAAGAUGAAAUGACAACAAACACAAACAAUAUGGGACGAAAUUGCAACUGCACAAAAUCAAUGGUAAAAUACAGGCAGAAAUGUGGGUUCUUCAAUCCCUGAAAUAUAGGGCUUUGAAAUUCAUGUUGGAGACAUACGACCCCCCACCCCUCCUCCAAAGGGCCUCAUUAUGACAUGGUAUUACUUGGUCUCAAACAUUCCGUGUUUAGCACAAGUUACUUUAUGGUCAUCUUUAACAAGAAACCCUUGUACAGCUAUAACUAUUUUGAAGGUAACAUUAUUUCUUUGUUUCUUUGAAGAUGCACCUUCGGUUGAUGUUUAUCCUACAUCCUCUGUUGUCAUGGAAGGAAAAAAUGUCACACUCUCCUGCAAUGCUUCUGGAAAACCUUAUCCUCGACUUACUUGGACCAAAGUUGGUGGCUUGGGUCAAGUAUUGUCACAAACUUCGACACUUAUUGUGAAUAAUGUGAGCAGGACAGUUACUGCUAACAACAUGAUUCAGUAUCAGUGUACAGCUGAUAAUGGAGUAGGACAUCCUGCUACUGCUGUUGCAAAUGUUACUGUCCACUGUAAGUACCUCAUUGUCUCUGACAGAAAGGUAUUACCAUGACAAUUCUUAUUCUAGCAAAACAUGGGUGUUGUGUCAUUCUGAAUCAACUCAACACUCACACAAAUGUACUGAUCCCUUGCAAGCAUUGCAGCAACUCUUGGGCCGAUGCUGAUCGGAUCUUUUUUUCCAAAUUCAUGACAAGCUGAAUGCAUAGUUUGCAGAAGGGAUUGGUUAUGAAAUAUGAAACCACGUUGCUGCAGUUGCUAUUCAGAGCUCCCUGACUGUGUAAAAGUUUUUGGUUGUGGUUUGAUAGGACAUUUCUGUUGGCCAGUUAGGUCCAAACAACCUAACAAAAGACAUAUAGCAAAGCCAUCUGAUGGCCCUAACAAUUAUUGCAGUUUAUUAACUGCUAAAUAGUAUGUAAUCUUUUAUUCUCUUUUUAUUUCUUAUUCUUUUGAAGCCCCUAGAUGAGUUGCACACAGCAUCUGCUUAUUUGUUUUAUAAAGGUUUUAACAAAGAUUGCUUGUGAUUUGGAAUUCUGGAUUUAUGUCCCCUAGUUUAUUGCUAUAUUAGUAGUACAGUAGAGAACGAUUUUUUCCUGUAUGGGGGCCGAGGGAAUAUCAUUCUUUUCAGCAGGAAUUUAGAAAUGCUGAUGUUGUCAUUAAUAGGGAUCCUACUAAAACAGAAUGAUGUCACAGUCUUCUUUUAUGUUGUGGUUAGUAUAACCAGUUUAGCAGGUUGUAGUUUUUUAAGACGGAUGAUGUCAUUAUUGGUGUAGCCGGAAGUUUGAAAAGAAAUGUUAUUGCAACCCCUUUUAUAGUACUUGGGUCAUAGGGUUAGAUGGUAUAUGAAUUUAAUUUUACUAUUUUAUUGUUUAAGAGAACUAAACCAAACUUAUCCCCUACUUCAAACACAGUUGUGGUCCUCAGAGAGGUGCAUUUAAUCAUUUUCAUCUUGUUUAACAGUUCCUCCAGAGUUCGUCUCUACCCCUUCAUCUCAUCAACUUGUUGAGGGCGGUGGAGCUUUGCUGUACUGUAAUGCUACCGGUAAUCCAGAGCCAAAUAUAACUUGGACAAAAGGUGGAAAUAACAAUUUGUUGUCAACUUCAGAGAUUCUAAAUCUGAGCAGUGUGCCGAGAGGAGAUAAUGGAGCAGUGUACACAUGUGAAGUGCAAAAUUAUCUCGGAUUGGUGAAAGCUACUGCCGUAAUUACUGUGUUUUGUGAGUAUUUUAGUUAUUAAUCAUUGUGGAAUUUUUUAAGUUUUUCAGAAUGUCCUUUUUGAUAGAAUUUAAGAAAAAAGACGGCAACCCAGAAAAUUUUUCUGCUUUAUCAUUUAUCAGGCCUUAACCAAUACUUGUGGCUAAAAAGACAUUCAGGCAGAAUUCUUAACAAAUACUUACUUUUUAGUUUAGCAUGGAGUUUUUCUUUGUAUCCUCCUUGGAAACAAUAAGUUGUUCAGUUUAACAGACAUUCUCAUUGCUCUUCAGGAAGAAAGAGGAAAUACAUGUAGUCUGCAUUAACCCUAUUCAGACUAGGGGGGGGGGCGCUUUUCGACCCCCCCUCCAGCAAAAUCAUGAUAACUCCUACACCGGAAGAGCUAUCACGUUCAAAUUUUCUGACUUUUCCUAAAAUUUAUCUAGGAACAUUUUGGUAUAAUUACCAUGUCCAUGUGAUUAAUCAUGUUGCCAUGGCAACCAGUUUCUGACACAUAGGUUUUGGAAAAUUUAUAAAAUGGUGAUUUUUUUGUUUCAAGAUCGCGUUUUUACACUUAUAGUGCUUUUUGUUGUUAAAAUGGUCUUUGCUUGAGACUAGUUUUUGAAUUACAUCAAAAUGUUUCAACAUCGAAUAUUUGGGGGGGAGGGGUGGGGUAAAAUUUGUCACUUUUUGCUUUGACAAAUAUGCUGCUCUAUUUUCCAAAUAACACUUCCAAAGUCAUUUGUUUGGGUAAUAAACAUUAGUUUGAUACUUCUUUUAUACAUUCUGAGCUUUUUCCCCUUUGAAUGUUGCUUUAAAUUAUAAUUUUAACCAAAAAAACGGAAAUCCAAGAUGGCGGACAACCAUUUCAAAUUUUUAAUUUUAUUGCUUCCUAUCGCUUUUUCUCGCUGUACAAGUGUUUCCUUGUUACUAGUUCGUAAGAAAGGAUAACAAAGAGAUGACUUUACCAAUAUUAUUGAUAUUUUACGUCUCUAAGUGGAAAAAUAAUAAGAAACGUUGAAAAAUCGGAAUAUGACGUCACUGUGACGUCAUCAUUGGGCGUGGCAAGUCAAAACUGGGUGUGGGGCUUCUUUGUACGGAGAUGAUCAUUGUGUGUAAUUUCAUGACCCUAGCAUUAUUGGUUCCAGAGAUACAGAGGGGGGGUCCGAGGAGCCCCCCACCAGUCACAGAUUGACCAAAAAAGCCCAGUCUGAAUAGGGUUAAACAUAAUACAAAGACUGUGUAUUACUUUCAGAUGCACCAAUGGUGGCAAUCCAGCAGUGUUCCUCUCAGGUUACUGAGGGUGAUAAUGUGACAAUUUACUGCAAUGCUACUGGUAACCCAUCUCCCAAUAUAACUUGGACCAGAGCAAACUCAAGUGCAGUUAUCUCAUUCAGUGAGAUGUUUCACAUGGAAGCUGUCAAGAGGAAUGAAUCAGGAAGUUACGUUUGUCAUGCUUCCAAUGAUUUUGGUACCCACAACACAUCCUGCAGUGUGGAUGUGCAAUGUAAGUUGUAUUGA